GGUAUACUGAAUAUCGCACCGGUUUUCUGCAUCUCUAGGCAGAAUAAAAAUAAAAUCGUACGCAUUUGAUAAACAUACGUAUGAAGGUAGAUCAUUGAUAUGAAUAUGACGGGAUGUACAUUUGGUAAAGCUAGUUUUAUUACUGAGGAAUGGAAAAGUUGGUGCCGUCUCUGUGCAAAGGCUAAUUCUCAAUACAUAAACAUCAUAUCAGGACAGAGUCAGCUGCCCACGAUAAGUAAUAGGGGCUACGACUAUAAUACUAUUGCAACUCUUAUAGAAGAUUUCUUUCGGGUUCAUGUUAAAGAGGAUGAAAAGCUUUCGCAGUUGAUUUGUACAGAAUGUUACCAAGUAAUGAGUUCUAUAGUCAUAUUUAGAGAGCGUGUAAACAAAGUUCAGAAAAUGUACGACGAUUUGCAAUGUAAGAACUACUUAGGCGAACUCAAUUCAAAUACAUUGCUUGAGAAAUACGACUUAAUUGAAAAUGAACCAUUUUUAAUACCUUCUGCCACUAAACUUCCAGUUGAAGAAGUUUUCGUGGCCGAUUUGCCAAAUACAACUGCAUCGCAGUCAUCAGAAAUCGAAAUAAAAAGUGAGAAAAAUUUUGAUGAACUGCAGACGGAUAUUCUUGCAGCUGACUUAGAGAAAAUAGAUGAAUUCAAAGAUCCAUUUGGCGAUGCAGAAAGUAAUUACGAUGACCCAGAUUAUUCUCCAGCGGAAAGUAGUGAAGAUAGUGAUGAAGAUUUUGAAAUAAGAAAGGGUGAAUCAAAAAAUAUAACAGAACGGUCGGAAAAUAUCUGGAAUACAUCUACACAUGGCUUGAAGUAUAAGUACUCUUGCAAAAUGUGCUCUGAAAGUUUUAAAUAUAUCAGGGUUUACGGUGGUCAUAUGAAAAAGGCACAUGGUGAAAUAAUUUGUCCACAUUGCCCAGAUUCAUACAAACACACUCAUCAAUUAGAGUCGCAUAUGAAAGUUCACCCAAAGUCUUUUUCCUGUUCACAUUGCGAUAAAAGUUUCGCAACAAGACAACGUUUAGAAGGACAUAUAAAAUGUAAACAUGUAGCUCGGCCAUCGCUUAUUUGUGAAGUAUGUGGUGUGACUUUGCCCAGAAAAAAACAGCUAUCAGAUCACAUGUUGCAACACGCUGAUUAUGCCCCAUUUGAAUGUAAAGUUUGUGGUGGACGUUUCAAAUUAAAAAAACGUCUAAAGACGCAUAUGCAAAUACACGGAGACAAGCAUAUUUGUCCUCAAUGUGGCAAACAGUUGAGUACGCGAGCUAUUCUUAAGAGUCAUUUAUUGGUGCAUUCCGACAAGAUGUCUCAUAAAUGUGACUUUUGCGGCCGUCUCUUUAAGCGGCCAAGCGCUUUGAAAAACCACAUAAUUGCCCAUACUGACCUCAGACCUUACAAAUGCGACUUUUGUGAUAAAAGUUUCUCCACUGGGCCAAGUUGUCGCUUUCAUAAAAAAACUAUGCAUCCGACGGAAUUAGCUGCUCUAGAAGCAACAGGGGCUAAAGCUUAUACCAAAAAUAUACCUAAACUACACGUACUAAAAGAAGUGUCGAAAACUGGCAAGAACUUAAAACCACUGGCAUCCAAACAAAAUGGUUUUGGACAUUUUGAUAAGGAAUUUCAACAUAAACCCAAGACUACAGAUACACAGCCCAUAGCUGAUGCAACCAGCUUAUAAUAAGUACUAGGAAUGACAGGUACUGUCAAAAUUCGACGGUUUUUCUAGUUUUUGGAGCCCUGGGGAAUGUUUUCAAACAUAGCACGUCGAUUGAGUUAUAAGGAACAAAAUUACUCAAAAGAAAAUAUCCUGCUUUGGAACUAAAAGGUGGCUACAUAUUAUAUUUUUUAAUAUUUUAUUACCUAGGCAACGAUUUCUCUAUUAUCAAUGUUUUUUAUAAAAAUUCUUUAGUCGUCAGACAAAUGACCUUGGUCAGAAGUAUCUGAAAUAUAGAUCAACACUGUCAUAUGAACCAAGUAUACUGGCAGUAGCAUACAAUUGUCCAUAAAAACAAGGUCAUACAAAAAGAGGAAAUAAUUGGAAACUAUGGAACGAAAACAGCAAAAAAAUGCCAAAAUAGGGCAAAUGAAUGCGAGGGAUUAAUAUACGCAAGCCAAUUGAAAUGCCAGUUAAAACUUCACUAUCUAAAGAGUUUUUAUGCAUUUGUUACGUUUUUUGUUUUUAUGUUGCGUAUAAGUAAUUCGCUGAGAGUUACAGCCCUAUUCUAAUAAAACCUCACAACUGAGUUGUGAGCAAAAAUUUGUGAGGUCUAUUUUGUGAGGUUAUUCUUGCCCACACCUCAUAAGAAAAAAGCUCAACCAAAUCAACACACGAGGUGAAAAGCAUUUUGCUGUCUAACAGCUGUUUCGUAAAUAAAAUAAAUACAAAAAAUGGAUGCUGAACAACAGGAAAAGCGAAAUCAAAAAAAAAAAAAAAAUAAAGCAGGAGUAGCUCCAGUACUUUACACAGCUUGCAAUCCACAACUUGGUGCAAAAGUUUGUAUGGAAAUGAAAUCCUAUGCCUGCUCUAACUCUUCCGAAACUGCCGAAAAAACAAGCAAUAACUGCCAUUACUGAAUAUACUUUUAGUUAAAAAAAUAAAAAAUAACACAGACACUGAUAGCGAACGAAAAUUAACAAAACAUUUGCUCAAUAAAAAUCGGCUGUUUUUCUCUUGUGAGGGUCUCAUUCGUACAUCAUAAAUUUUCUCACAAUUGUGAGCGUAUGAGCUUUCGAAUUUACGCCAGCAUAGGGAUAACCUCACAAUAGUGAGUGUGGUGAUUUUUGUGAGGGCAACAGAAUAGGGCUGUUAAAUCGUUAAAAAAUU